GGGAGCAGGGCUGGGCCGGCGAGCGGUUGAGGCGGCGUCACUGGUGAGUGCGUGAGGGAGGUGGUGGGUGGGGGUUCGAGGGCGACGGGCAGCGCUGCGGCUUGGCAGCCCGCCAGCGUUAGGCAGCGCCCGGGGAGACGUUCAGCGCCCUGGCGCCUCGGUUCCUUCCCUACGGGUUUCCUGGCUGUUGGAGGAGCGGGCGGUGCGGGUGGCAGCGUUGCUUUCCUCAGCCCCGAGUUCUGGGGCUGCUCGCCGGGUCGGUGCGCGGUCGUUCGUUGUUCUCGCCGCGGGACCGCUGUGUAAAAUAAUAAAAGCUUAUUCUAGGGGAGAGGCCUCGGGGUCCGGUGGUGGCUGGAGGGAUACCAGCUGGGCUGCGGGCCCGGUGCCGCGGCGGAGCCGUUCGGUGCGGAAGGAGCAUUCUUCUAGCUGCGCUUAUCAGUCUUGAAGUUUAUUACCAUCCUGACAAACAAGGAUAAUUUCAUAACAGCUGAAAGAAAUUGAACAGUCUGAAACUUGAUACCAUUCCCUCUGCAGAGCAUUAGAAAACCUUAAAUAUUGAAAUUUGAACUACAUGUUGUAAAAGAAAUGUGCAGGAAUCAGCUUCUCUGCGUUGCUGAGACACUGGAUACUGGUUUCUUUAUAACAAGGAAAAUCUAAAUUCCUGUAACGCUGAGGAUGGGGAAGGAUUAUUAUUCUAUUCUGGGAAUUGAAAAAGGGGCUUCUGAAGAGGAUAUCAAAAAGGCUUACAGAAAACAAGCGCUUAAAUGGCAUCCGGAUAAGAACAAGUCUGCUCAUGCAGAGGAAAAAUUCAAGGAGAUUGCAGAAGCUUAUGAAGUGCUGAGUGAUCCCAAAAAGAGAGACAUUUAUGAUCAGUAUGGGGAAGAAGGUCUGAAAGGAGGAGCUGGAGGACCUGAUGGACAGGGUGGUACCUUCCGGUAUUCCUUCCAUGGUGAUCCACAUGCUACGUUUGCAGCUUUCUUUGGUGGCACAAAUCCUUUUGAGAUCUUCUUUGGAAGGAGGAUGCCUGGUGGUAGAGACACUGAAGACAUGGAAGUGGAUGGUGAUCCAUUUGGAUCAUUCACUAGUUUCAGUAUGAAUGGUUUUCCAAGAGAAAGAAAUACAGUAGGUAGCCAGAUACGUCGUAAACAAGAUCCCCCUGUAAUUCAUGAGCUUAAGGUGUCAUUGGAGGAGAUAUAUCAUGGCUGCACAAAAAGGAUGAGGAUUUCACGUAAAAGGCUGAACCCAGAUGGUAGAAGCGUCCGAACAGAAGACAAAAUUCUCACUAUUGAAAUAAAAAGAGGAUGGAAAGAAGGCACCAAAAUCACUUUUCCAAAAGAAGGUGAUGAAACACCCAACACAAUUCCAGCUGACAUUGUUUUUAUCAUAAAAGAUAAACCUCACUCUCAUUUCAAGAGAGAUGGAUCAAAUAUUGUCUAUCCUGUUAAGAUCAGCUUAAGGGAGGCAUUGUGUGGCAGCUCUAUCAAUGUGCCAACAAUAGAAGGAAGAACCAUACCCAUGACAGUAAAUGAAGUUGUAAAGCCUGGGAUGAGAAGAAGAAUUAUAGGAUAUGGUUUGCCGUUUCCCAAAAAUCCUGACCAACGUGGAGACUUAAUUAUAGAGUUUGAAGUAAUUUUUCCAGAUAACAUUUCUCCAGCAUCAAAAGAAGUACUUAGGCGAAAUCUUCCAGUUUCAUAAAAUGAGGACUAUGUCAACUGUUUAAGCAGGACACUGGAAAUGCAGAAGACUGGCAAGUCUGUGCUUUAAAAGUGCAAUGUGUAACAACUAGUGGAAUAUUUGUUGUUUUUUUUUGUUUGUUUAUGGGUUGGGUGGGGGGAAAUACUGUAAUGCUGCAUGAGGAGAAAAGAGUUAAGUACAAGUCAUACAGAUGACUUCUGCAGUAUAAUUUACAGGGAAAACCACUCGUAUUUUAUAUUAGGUCUUCUUAAUCAGAAAAGCUUAUUCAGUAUUUUGCUUAAUAUAAAGUGUAGUCAGUUUUUACAAAGCCAAUGCAUAUUUCUGAUAAAGUACUCGAGUCACCAAGUACUUUAUUCCUUAUAUCCCUACUCUAUCUGUAACAUAAACAGUUUAUACAGAAAUUGGACAUGGUAGUAGAAAUAUACACGUGCUAAUAUUUUAAAUUACAAAACAGUAAAGAUACUAUUUGGCAUGUUGCUUUCCACUGCACAAGGCAUAGACUGGGAGAAUCGGCUUGGACUCCUAAAUUGCCCCCCAUUGAAAUGAUAGUAUUUUCUUUAUUUCAUCAGAAUGUGAGGGAUCUGCAUUACGAGUCUAGGAAAGGGCAUGUAGCUUGAGGAGAAAGUAGCCAUUUGUUGAGUAGUUCCUCACACUUCAGGCAGAACAGCAAGAAAGGAUUGCACAAGUACAUAUCCAGCAAGUGUGGGCCUGCUGUCAAAUGGGGCAGGGAAAUUGGGGGACAAAUAACAUAGAGAAGGCUGAGGUACUCAGUGCUGCCUUUGCCUCAGUCUUUACCAGUAAUACAGUCUUGACCAGGAGUCCUAGCCCCCUGAAACCAGAAAGGAAUCCUGAAACAAGGAAGAGCUAACAUCAGUGGUGGUGGACUGACCUAAGUAGAGGUGCAUUUAAACUAGAUAUACAGAAGUCCAUGACACCUGACAGGUUGCAUGCAGAAGUGCUGAGGAAUCUAGCUAAUGCCAUUGCAAGGCCUCUAAAUUAUCUUUUGUUUUGAGAAAGGUUUCUAUAGACUGGUAAGAAGCGAAUGUCACUCCUGUCUUCAAGAAAAGCUAGAGAGAAGAUACAAGGAACUACAAACCAGUCAGCCAUAAUGCAGUCCCCGGGAAGAUGAGAAAGAAUAUCUUCCUAGAAAGCAUUUUCAAACACAUGGAAGACAGUAAUGUGAUUUAAGGUCAGCAUAGAUUUACAAAGGGGAAAUCAUGCUUGACCAACUUGAUUUCACUCUACAGUGAGGUGAUUAGCUUGGUGGAUGAUGGAAAAACAGUCUGUUUUUACCUUGACUUUAGUAGGCGAAUUGGCAAAGUACAGGAUAGGUAAGUUGACGGUGAGAUGAAUUAAAAAAUGACUGAACGAGUGGGCACAAGGGUUUUGUUAUCAGUGUCACAAAGUCCACUUAGAGGUAAGUCACUAGUGGUGUAUGCAAACGCUCAAUACUGUGGCCAGUAAUAUUCAGCAUCUUUGUUAAAGACCUGGAUGAUGGAAUGGAACACACACUCAGCAAGUUUGCAUGUUAUACAGAACUGUGAGGAGUGGCUGAUAACACCGUGUUGAUUGUACUAGUCUUAAGAGGGGCUUUGGUUUUCAAAAAAAAACAUACAGAGGAAAAAAACUUAGAGUGCAAUGGGUAAAAGUCUUGCUCCCUGAAGUAUUACCCAGACACCAAUAUGGAAUUGGGGCUUACUGUCUGGAAAGCGAUUUUGCUGAGAAAGGGCUUUGAGUUUCUGGCAGACAACAAACUGACCAUGAACUAGCAAUGUGUCCUUGCAGCAAAACAGGCUAAUGGUAUCCUUGUUUGCACUGGGAAGCUUUGUGAGCAGAUUGAGGGAGGUAAUCCUUCUUCCCUACUCCUCAUGAGUGAGGUUGCAUCUGGCAUACUGUGUCCUGUUGUAGUCUCCCCAGUAGAAGGAAAACAAUGGCUUGGUGGAACAAGCCUGUGAGAGAUUGAGAGAACUGGAACUCUUCAGUUUAGAAUACAGAAAGCUUAGAGUGAUCUUAUAAAUGUAUACAAGAAUUUGGAAGGAAAGAAUGAGGAGAAGGGAGCCAGACUCUUCUCAGUGAUACCCUGUGUCGGGACAAAAGGCAUGGGGACAACUUAAUGCACUUCUAUUUUUAAUACUGUGAGGGUGGUCACAAAGAGACUCGGUCUCCAUCCCUGGAGGUACUCAAAAGCAAACUGGACACAGUCCUGGACAGCCUGGUCUAGCUGACCAUGCUUGAGAUUUGGGUGAUGACCAGAGGUUCCUUCCAACCUAAAAGAUUCUGUGUACGCUGACUUAGGAACCUUUUUCAAUAGACAGUGUUAAGGACCAUGCUCUGCAAAUGAGGCUUAGCCCAAAGAUGGGUGGUGCUGAUGUGUCAGCUUGAAUCGAUAGGGAGUAGGUUUUGGGGUGGAAAGAUGUAUAAAGAACACUGUAGAAGUGCACUGUAGAGCAGAUAUUUAAAGAUCAUGCUGAUCUCAAGUUCGGACUUUGAAAAUAAUGCAGAUUUUACUUUGAAGGAGAAUCCCAGGUCCUGUCUAAGGAGAAGUCUGCUGAAGACAUGAAAGAGGAUAGGGGUUGCCCGCAGACUUCUACAUGCUUGCAUUGAGUCUUUUCUGAAUACAAAUAUGACUUACUUAUCUUUAGAGUUAAAAGGUGCGUAGGGAAAAGGAAAGCCCUCUGUAAUAGUCUAGUUUUGUAAUAUUGUGAUAGGGCUGGUUCCCUUCAUUUUGGUGGAAGAAAUGCCUUGCAGAUUCGUUCUUGUUACUUGAGUUUAAAAUAUAAUAGAGUGCUUUAGCAACAGUUUCAAAGAAUGCUUUUCUUCGUAAGAAGAAAAUAUAUAGGAUUUGCUGUUAGCCUUUUGACUGUGGAAACUCAGUAGUUACCUGCUUUGUUAGGUAGCUUAAGAAAUAGCAGUAUUAACUUCAUAUAAACGCUUUUCUGUGGGAAAGUAAAUAAUAUGGAAGUUGGGAUUCAAGUUACAAUAGAUUUUUAAUGAGCACAAGAAAUUCCAUUUUUGUUACUCAAAGAAAUAGAACUUCUGGGAGAUAUUGUUCAAAUAACUUUUCAACUGCUGAUCUCUUUGUACAUUGUCAGUUGUAGUCCUACAGCUGCAGUAGAUCUACAAGGAAUGAAACAAUUGCUGGAGCAGUGUCACAAAGGGCAAACUUAGCUGCUUAAUGUUUAUGCGUAUUGUUAACACUAUAUAUUGUUUGUUUAAAAAAUUCCUAAUAUGUUCUGUAUUGCAUUUCUUAUGUGGUUUUUAAGUAAAAAGUGUAAAGUUGUUUUUUCA